AUGAUUAAUGUGAUGAAUUAUGUGAAGAAACCCAUGAACGAUGUGGAAAAAGGCUUGGAUUCACAGUUAUGGCAUGCCUGUGCCGGUGGUAUGGUGCAAAUGCCGCCGGUAAACUCUAAGGUUUUGUAUUUUCCUCAAGGCCAUGCUGAGCACUCCGGCGUCAGAAACGUCGAUUUCGGAGAUUUCCGGCGAAUCCCACCUUACAUUCUGUGUCAGGUAUCCGUCGUGAAGUUCAUGGCAGAUUCCGACACAGAUGAAGUUUAUGCCAAGAUUGGGCUUCAACCCUUGAGUAAUCAGAGCGAUUGUGAUUUCGAUGAUGGUGAUAAUGAUGAGGGGUUUUUAGGGUUUGAUCAUAAGAGGAAUGAGAACAAAGAGAAACCGUCUUCUUUCGCCAAGACUUUGACUCAAUCCGAUGCCAACAAUGGUGGCGGAUUCUCCGUUCCGAGAUACUGUGCCGAGACUAUUUUUCCACGGUUGGAUUACGCGGCGGAGCCACCAGUUCAGACCAUCUUGGUGAAAGACGUUCACGGACAAAUAUGGAAGUUCCGGCAUAUCUACAGAGGGACUCCACGCCGGCAUCUUUUGACCACCGGCUGGAGCAAUUUCGUGAACCAUAAGAAGCUGGUGGCUGGUGAUUCCAUUGUGUUCUUGAGAGCCGAUAAUGGCGAUCUUUGUGUCGGAAUUAGGAGGGCAAAGAGGGGACUUGGUGGUGGGUUUCUUGAAAAUUCCACUGCUUCCUCCCUAUACGGCGGUGGGUUCGCCAGAUACCGACCAGAAAAAGAAAAUGUCAACGGAGAAAGAAAUCCAAGUGCUGAAUCAGCAAUCAAAGCUGCAAAUCUUGCAGCCAACGGACACCCAUUUGAGGUUGUUUACUACCCACGAGCAAGCACGCCGGAGUUCUGUGUCAAAGCUUCGACUGUAAAAGCUGCAAUGAGAAUCCAAUGGUGCCCUGGAAUGAGGUUUAAGAUGGCUUUCGAGACCGAAGAUUCUUCUCGAAUUAGCUGGUUCAUGGGUACCAUUUCUUUGGCUCAGGUUGAAGAUCAAAUUUCUUGGCCUAAUUCGCCAUGGAGGCUUCUUCAGGUAGCUUGGGACGAACCAGAGCUGCUACAAAACGUGAAGAGGGUUAACCCGUGGUCAGUCGAAUUGGUGUCGAGUAUGCCCGCGAUGCAUCUUUCGCCGUUUUCACCUCCGCGAAAGAAACUUCGGAUCCCUCAACCUCCCGAUUUCCCCCUCCUUAUGAUGUCACCUAGCAUUCAGGGAGCCAGGCAUAGUUCUCAUUUUGGAUUGGAUCAUAACCAUCAUCUCCGGUUCAACCAAAUUCACCCACCGUUCCUAUCCCGGUUCCCAAAUCACGACUCCCCGAGCCGAUUCCCGCUCCAGGAACAUGAUGAAAACGUCUCCUGCUUGUUGACCAUGGGAAACCAGAGUCCUAAAACGAGUUUGAAGAAGAAGGAUGUUGAAAAAGACAAGAAAAAACCGUUAUUCAUGUUGUUUGGACAACCGAUUCUGACAGAAGAGCAGCUAUCCGAGAGCUUCUCUGGUGAUACAACCGCGAACGUAUCCGAUGGUUCAGUGGUUCUUCAAAAUGGUUCGGUACGGAGCUCUUCCGAUGACGAUGGUACGUGGGUCGAGACGGGGCACUGUAAGGUUUUCAUGGAGUCAGAGGACGUGGGUCGGAGUCUCGACCUGACAGCCCUGCGGUCGUACGAAGAAUUGUACAGGGAGCUGGGUGGCAUGUUCGGUGUAGAGAAAUCGGAUCACUUGAUCUACCGGAACGCAGAGGGAGUUAUAAAACACAUGGGAGAUGAAGCUUUUAGCGAGUUCUCGAAGGCGGCCCGAAGGUUGACGAUUGUAAGGGGGGGGGUCAAGGGAGGUAGCAGAUAA